GCAGAAGAUGCCUAGAAAAUCUUUACUAUAUCUGUGAAAAGCCCGCCAUCCAAUUACAGCGAGGUAACAACCAGUGGCAGGAGGACUGGUUUGUCAGACCAAAAUGAUUAUGAGAAGCUAGAAGACAUUCUGUAAGACAUAUGUAAAAAUAUCUUCGUACUAAGGAAAAGGACAUGGUGACAGGCUCCAGGAGUGACCCAAGUCUGUCAUUCCAGAUCCAAAACUGCCAAAUGAUUACUCAGUUUUAACCAACACAAGUGAUGGACAAAAUGGCCAAAAGUGAUGGCCAGGAAAAAAAAAAAAAGCUCAGUGACAAGACAAGCACAUAAAGAUACUGCUCCUCUCCCAGCAUCCGCUGAUACAGUCCUAAUACCACUUGUCAGUUAAUAUUAACUGUACAGUUGUAACAUAACACAAGUGAUGAGGAUUAAACACUUCCAUUUAGGAGAUGCUUCCGAUGUCUUGUUGAUCUGACUGCUUUAAUACGCUAGUAGGCUGGAGUAUGCAACACACAAACACAGCUAUCCUCAGAAGGUGGGCCAAGGUGUCCCUGAAUUGUAUUAAUAAUCAUAUUUGCUCUGGAGCACAGGGAUUCAUAGUCCUCAUAAGGACUUGUGCACGUGUCACAGGAGAAGACACAAACGUCUAGCUCUCUUCCAUGCUCUAUACUUCUUCCUGACGCUGUUAGUUCUUCUUUUCUACUUUUCUAAUUUUCUACUUUUUUUGAUCUAUUCCAAAAGUUACGCUAGGGUUCAGUCAGAGGCAUGAACAGAACCUCUUUUUAUGUAUUUUUAGGAUAUUUCCUGGAAUGCCAUACUACUAACUUAAAGUGCUGAGCAAGGGUCUACAAACCCAGCCAUAGUGAAAAUACCCCAAGCAGUGUUAAUCAACAAAAUGUCUCCCUCCACAUCUCUGUAGAACAAUGACAGUCAGGUUGGAAUAAGAAAUCUCAGUCCCAUAACAGUGUUUUGAUCUGAGCAAAAAGUCCACAAAUUGCUAGCUUGGAUCCCUCUGGAGACUUGUGUAUUCCUUGUGGAUUGCAGUGCAGAUUGUUUGUUGUGGGCCAUUUACCAGUGGUGUAGCAGCUGGGCUGCUAAAGCACUAGUCAUUCCCUUCAAGGGGCUGUUCUAGCGUCUCACUGAUCUCAGCACUACACAGCAGUUUCUGAUCACCAACAUGAACAUUUCCGGUGUUAUUUUGAAAUACCAAUUUCAUGCUCCAGAAACUUUAGUGGAUUUCCCUUCCUCUCUGCUGUUUACACUCAUCACUCGCAUCUCUGAUAUAACCUCUCCUAGCUGCCCCUCUCAGUUCCUCUCCUAGCUGUUUCUGUCUUCAGGGGUGAAAAUGCAGAGUGCUUCUGCCCUGCAGUGCAGACACAGCCCUGGUGACUUCCAAGAGUGUCUAUUAGCAUUCAUAUCAGCUACACUGACAUAAGAACUCUCAUGUGGAAGGUAUCCUGAACUGUAUUCAUGGUGCGUCCUUUCUUGAUAAUGAAGGGCUUUGCUGUAAUUUGCCAGAAAAAUAAAAAAUUUAAAAAAAAAAGUCUGAUCUUGUUUCCUCUUAUAUUAGAGUGACUGUGAGGAAACUGGAAAGACAUUUCUAGGAUGUUUCUUCAUUAAUGACACAUACCUAAGAGCAGGUGGGAGAAUCCCAGAUGUUUCUGCAGUUUGUUGAAGACAAACGUGAGCUGAGAUCGACAGCUCCCCACGCUGACAGGCAGCCACAAGGCUAUACCAUAUCUUGCUGUGGCCUUGAUCUUUUGGGUCAAUUUACUGCUAGCCCAAAAGCAGUCUCUGGUGCAGCAACUGUAUUUGUAGCAUAGACACACCUGACUCCUAGUUCUCUGCAGAAAAGCCCUUUUUACAUUAAGGUGCCAACAUACAGUUUUCAGACCCGACAGACAAGGAUUUUUGCACCAUAUUUAGCAUGAGGUUUUUAUGAGGAAAUUAUGGAUGCACCAUGGAUACGCAGUGAAUGCUACCCCUUGUGUGCCUGUCUGUGUAACAAAACUGUCAGCACUCUACUCCCAUCUUUUCCCUCAUGUCUCCUCUUUGCAUACAGGUAAAAUGUCAUGCAAGAAAUACAUGCAGCCAGAGAUAUUUCUGCUCUGAAAAAAUCUAUCAUCUGCACAGCAAGGCAGGAAGAAUAGCCCAGUUAUUACAGUGUAUUUCUAGUCUGUUGAUAUUAUUUUGCAAAUGGGGGAUUCUAAACUUUACACACAAGAGCAGGAACAGCUACCACAGAAAUUCCUCUCUUGCAAUUUCCUUCUGACUCACCCUGUCACCAUGACAUGACUCAUCAGGUCUGGGCAAGUGUUCUGCUAAGGAAAGUUGGUCACUGAAGAUGUUUAAGAACUACAGUGCAGCACUGGAGCCAGGCACUGCAAAGAGCAAGAGAUGGAGAGUGACGAUGGAAAAGCCACUUCUGCAGUCACCUCCACGUACAGUGCAACAGCAGAGAGGUCCUCAGUGUCAUCUGGUCUUUCUCUGACACAGGCUGAGUGGUUGUGUGAAUCCUGCCAAACUCUUGGCCUCACCAUCCUUUCAGCUCAGCUAUUCCCCUUCUAGCAUUUAUUUCAGUGAAUUUUUGCAGAAUAAUUUCAUUUUUCAUUUAUUUCAUAACAGUGUAUGGAAAUACAGCCUAUUGCUUUCAGUGCAGCUGAUGUGUUGUAUUUGUACUCUGACACAUGAACAGAUAUCUUUCAUAUCUUAACUCAAAUAGCAACUGUUUCUAGAGCAUCUUAUUUUAAGGCGGUAGAAUAUCCUGAUGUUUGCUGUAUUUACAGGGCCAGGUCAGAUGGAUAGUUAAAUGAAACAGUCUUAGGUUCCAGACAGGAACCAAGACUCCCAAUCUUCACAUUCAGGAAGAAAACACCCAUCCUUGACAUGUCACUUUAACUCCUUAAUGUGUUUUCAAUAUACUACACUUUCACUAUGACACAGUAAUCAGAAGAGAGCCAGUUUCCUCUGUGGUUUCACUGGAAAUGCUGAAACAUGAACCAUUCCCAUCGCCUCAACAUUGGUCUCGCUGCAGUGUGUCCCUCCUCCCAGAGCACUGCUACUGCAGGAAAAGUGUGACAAACUGGAGAUGGAGGAUGAGGAAGGCUACACUGCUUUAAAUUUACGACCCUCAGUGUCAGUUAUUACUCCUGGAUAUUCAAGCAGCAACAAAUGUUCUGUAUUUAAGGCUCCAGCCAGUUGUGUUACAGCAGACAGAGCCUCUGCCUCAUCUUCUGUAUGGCGGCCAGUGGCCUUUGCUUCCUUCGCUUUGUGCCUGGUGCUGCUGACAGGUCUGGUAGUUCUGCUGGCCCUGUUUUUUCAGGUUUCCAAGGAUCCUGAGGAAGGAAAGAAGCUGCAGGAAAUGAGGGAAGCAUUGUGUUUUGAAGGGAAGGAGAAAAACGAAACAAAAUGUGCUCUCUGUCCAGCAAGCUGGCAAAACAGUGGCGCUGACAACUGCUUCUACAUUUCAAAGCAGAAGAAAACAUGGAAGCAAAGCCAGGAGUUCUGUUCCUCAAGAAACUCCACUCUUCUUCUGCUAAAAGACAAAGCAAAGAUGGUUUCUCUGCCACAGGAUUCACAGUUUUACUGGGUUGGAUUAUCCUACAUAUCUGAAAGGAACGGCUGGUACUGGGAGGAUGGAACAGCUUUUUCAAAAGAAGCGACAAAUUGGGUUGUGUUAUAUGACAAGAUCUUCUGUGCCUCCAUAUAUGGACAGAUUAUUUACGCCAGGCACUCCUGUUCGACCAAGCAAUUCUGGAUCUGUGAGAAAGUGACUGUUCAUUUCACCUGAACCACUGGAAGAAGGGAUGUGGGAUCUGCCACUGUGAGAUACCAACUUUAAGAACUAGACGUUUUAAGUAUAUUUUUAUUUUUGUUUGUUUAUCGUGCAGUUUUCUCAGAAGGGUGAUUCAAAGGGACAGGUCAUUAGAGACUACAUCUUCCUCUUUGUCUGCAUUUUCCCUCCCAGGCUCACAAAUGAGAGAGACAUAAAAAAAACUACACAGCUAAAAACUACAAGCCUAGGAAGCAACUUGAAAGAAUUAGCUACAGUCAAGCAAUGAUUCUUGCAUGACUUUCUAGGUUGGCAGCCACAGAUUCUUGCAGAUGUCUGUACUUCUUGAGCUUCGCUCAGCAUUUCACACUAACACCCGCCAGUCAUAAACCAGUCCAACUACAUCCCUGAUGAUUUUACUCACCAAAUUACUUACUGUACACACUAGCUACUGUCCACCUAUUAUCCUCUUCUAGAGCAGUUUGCCUGGGCAUGCCUUUUUUCCUAAAUCUGUUCUUCCAGCUGUUCUGGGAUACAGAAGGAACACAAGGCUCUACUUAUCCAUAAAAUUCUUCUCAUACGUGCAUUGGUAUUUAUAGAAACAAAAGGGCAUUUGUGAGAAGGCUACAGGGAGUCCCUGGAAGCAAUCUCUGUGAAAAGUAGUUAAAUGUCAUGGUUGGAUUAAAACUUUACCUGAAUAACUUCAGUGUUAUCAUAACAUUAAUUGCUAUGCAAAUAGCAGUGAGGAUAAUAAAUAUGUGCUCCAUUCAGAGCUACACACAAUCAGUACUCAAAGUGAUGCAGAAUCCAUUGCCACAGAUUUUACUUGAGCUCUUGUAUUACAUCCACACUGUUUGGGAUCUCUGGAGCCCAAGGUAUACACUAUGCAUCAUGUGUUAUUAAAGCACUUGUCAUAAUUCUUGAAAGAAAAUGCCUUCCUCUUUCUGGGUGGAGCAUCAUUGCAUCAAUUCUUUGAAGUUUUGUAUGUCAGCACCUGGUUUGUAUUAUGUAUGCAUAUAUUCCUUGUAUAUAUAUGCCUUGUAUCUAUUUGUAUAUGCCUCAGUAUUUGGAGACUUUCCUUAUAAUAAAUGAAAUAAUAAUAAUAUCUUUUUAAUAUUCAAUAUUUCCUUGGAAAAUAUUCUCAAAGACUGAAGCAGUUCCUUAGUAAAAAAAUUAACCCCUUUUCCAAAUGUGAUGAAAGAUGUUUAUGAACUGAAUAAAGUCACUAUACUCAGUAGAGCCAAGUUAUAAUUCAUGGGCACAACUACCAGCUGAACUAUCUAGAAUUCUUUACUAUUGUGGUAGGAAGUUCAAGGUACAAUGCAAAUAAGGUACAAUGUUUCAUCUGUUUCAAACCAUUGAACUUGAAAAAAAAAAUUCACAGCAGGCAUCUAACCUGCCACAUUUUACCCCUUUUUCCUCCCACAAACUAACAUAUGAUUUUUUUUCUAGCAAUCUGCUAUAUGCAUGUGUUUGGUGGCUGCACUGUGAAAAUAAAUGUUAGCCUCUGGGUUUCCUGCUGACUGCUUAUUUGGUUUUUUAGGGAGCAUUCACUAUUACUGCAGGAAUGUC